ACAGCGCGAUCUGGCGGAAAAAGUGGAGUGUAGAAAUAGAGUUCUGACGUUUUUAUUGUGUUUUUCUUGGAUUUUAACAAUAAAUUUCUCCUAAAUAAUGCAAAUUACAUGAUAGUAUACUCAAUUAGAUGCUGGUUGUGUUGAUAAACUGUAGCAAUGGAUGAGAUUGACAAUAUUAUAAUACAUUCUCUCCGACAAAUUGGAUGUGAUAUUGACGAUGAGGUGCACUCCCUGUCGUAUUUCAGUCCUGAAAUGCUGGUAUCAUCUGUGUCCAAAUGUCUUAUGCUGAUAAAACCAUCACUGGAUGUACCACAGUCCCUUCCACCCGGAAUGGCUCAAAGAUUCACCGUCACGUCGAAUCUCGCAGAAGCCUGCAAGAGCGUAGGAUUUCGGGGUGAUAUCGGUUAUCAGACUUUUUUGUACACAAAUGUAACAGAAGUGAGGCGAGUAUUUAUGUUUCUCAUCGAACGUCUGCCCAAGGAAGCGGAAAAAGUGCCGGCUAGUCAAGCUUUAGAUCAUCCAACUUCUGUGAAGCAGGAAAUUGCCCGGAAUAUUUUACAGAGUCUCAGCAGUCACUGGCUUCCACCUCCUUGUAGAGUCUUACUCCAAGACCAAAAUACUUUCUCACCAAGGUACCUCAACAUUCCCAAGUGCAAUCCAGAGGCCACUCAGGGGCAGAAUUCCAGCGAUAAAUUCAGUUCUGGAGAUUUUCUGGUGAGUGUCUUUGAACAGGCUCCCCAUCAGACCCUCUUCCCUUCGGUCAUUGUGAAGAAUGACGAGGAACUUUGGGGAGAAUUGAGUACCUCCCAUGUAUGCAAAAUCCUCGAUUCUCAUAGAAAAUCUUCCCUCAAUCGAGGGGCAAUCCCUCAAGCUGCUCCCAGGACAUCAUUAUUGACCUCUCAAGAAGAGGAAGAAAGUCCUAGGGAUGAUAUUGUCAAGCCGAGAACUCCCCUGGAAGUGCUUCAGGAGGAGAUUGAGGAGCUGAGACAGAAAAUUGAGGGAGCAGUGAGUGAAAGGCAAGGAAUUGUGGAAGAGAUUGAGGGCAGUAGAAGUAUAGCAGCUGAACAUGAAGAGAAACUCUCGAAUCUGCGGAAGGAGAAACGUAUCCGGGAGAGGACUAAUAUUGUCCUGGAGAAUCCGGAAGAGAAUGUGGCCAAAUUGGAAGCAAUGGUGGCCAAUUCGAAGGAGAAAAUGAAAAAGCUGGAACUUCAGUGGCAGGAACACGAAGCUCCUCUCCUGAAGGCUCUCAAUAGUGCCCAGCAGAAGAACUCAAAAGAAAUGUCAAAAACGAAACAUUUGGUGGAUCAAAUAGCGGCAACUCGUGCCAAAUCCGAAGAGAUUACGCAGGAAUUCAAGCAGAAGAGCUCCACACAUUCCCAGUUAACAGCCGAAUUGGCCAAACUUAGUAGAACAAUUAAUCGCAAUGCCUACACUUCGAGGAUCCUGGAGAUCAUUGGCAACAUCCGGAAGCAGAAGAACGACAUAGACAAAGUUCUGCGGGAUACGAGAGAGCUGCAGAAGACUAUAAAUACUGUCACUGGACAACUGGACAGGCAGUUUACCGUAACGGAUGAUCUGAUUUAUCGCACAGCCAAGAGAGAUGAAAACUCCCGGAAGGCCUACAAACUCCUAGCCACUCUCCAUGCAGACUGUGCCGAAUUGGUGAAUUAUGUGCAGGAAACUGGAACAAUCACCCGGGAAAUCCGUGAUCUCGAAGAUCAGAUCGAAACGGAGAAGAUGCGCAAUGUUUCAGCGAAUUUAGAACGAAUAACAUCAGAUUUGCAUCAAAUGCAGAAGGAGAGUCAAGUUCUCGAGGAAAAAAUCCAAUCGGCCCUCAAUCAAGCCGACGACUCCAGGGAAUAAUUCUCCAUUAAAAAAACCUCAAUCUGCAAUGUCUUGUAAAAUCCUCUUACAAGAAAAUCUAAAUUGUUUUUUUCUUUCGACUGUUUUUAAUUUAAUAGUGAAAAUUAUUGUUUUCUUCUCUUUUUCUAAAAUACAUUACAAAAUCCAAACUAGACGAAA